AUGCCGCAGUCCAAGCAGCAGCAGAAGACUGGGCUCGACAUUCGCCUGGCAGAGUCUGUAGUCUUUCUGCGUGCAGGGGAUGCGACCGGGAGACAACGCACGGUGCAGGCUGACGCUCCCCCAGGCAUGCUUCGCGGCUUGCUCACGCUCACGCUCGCAAAGCCUACGAGGAUUUCCAGCAUCGAGAUUGAAUUGGUGGGAAAGACGAGCACAGCAUGGCCUGAGGGCGUCGGCGCACGUCGCAUUGAAGUCGCAGAGGAGCACGAAAUAUAUUCCCAAUCGUACGUCCUCUUUCGCGCAGGUUCCGACUCGCCGUACAGGAACAACCGCCGCACCCUCUCAGUGGGCCCUGGACUGUCGCUCGAUCACGACGAGGACGAGCGUUCGGAGGAGUCGAGCGAGGACCAUCAUGUUCAGGAGCGCCACGGCUCUAUUCAUAGCCCGAUACCCACUGAGCGCCGAGGUCGUGAUCCCGCACCUCCUCCCGCCGUAUUCAAUAGGGGCUCUCGGCGGCAUCAAAGCGUGGACCAGUCGACCUUUCAGCGUGAUUAUGUGCUUCACCGCGACAACGGUCGGGUGCAUCCCCUCUCCCUCAACAGUGCGGUCCCGCAUUCCCCAUCCUACUCUGAAGACGCGGCGCCGCAAUACUCGAUGACGCCUAGCACCCUCAGUCCGACCGCGUCCGUGUCCCACCGCAUGCAUACCGUGGAAGAGUCGCCGAUACAGGAGUCUGCGACGGACAUAAACGAGUUCGGCCGUUCAUCGGCGCCAGACACCGAACGAAGCAGCCUCACAUCCGUACAUCACGUCAGGCCCAUGUUGCACAUGCACCGCUCGUCUUCGUCGAGUCUGCGGCUUGACAGUCCGCAGCCAUACUCGGCGCGACAGAGCUUUGAUGAGGACCGUCCGCCGGAGUUCAUUGCGGGAAGCAGCUCGAGCCCGUUGCCUGGCCGUUCAUCCUCUCGCUUGGCGACCCUCCGCCAGCGGGAACCCUCACGGUCAUCAGACCAUCGCGAGGUCGACGAUGGACGCGGGAGAAAGCACAAGCGGUUCAGCCUUGCGAAUGUAUCCAAUGCCCUGCUGGACGUGGUCAUGGAUCGCAUGCGCUCGCGUUCGCGAUCGGCAGCAGUUGACCGAAAGCCGGGUGAUGACACCCCACCGCGAGGCCGGCCGAGAGAGCGGAUGGAUGCCGCCGAGGAGGAAGAGGAGGAGGGGAAUCGUAGGGAGCGAUCCACAUUAGGGCGAGUCAGCGAGCUUGUCGGGCUGGACCUCGACGACGAUAAGGAAUACGGGGACGGAUGGAAGGAAUUCAGAAAGGUGAUAUGGAAGCUCAAGGCAUACGCGCACCGGCCAGGAGCGUUCACAACGAAGCUGUCCGCAUCGCAAGAGAUAACCGUCGUCGCAUGUCCCUCGGAGGAUGACAUCGAAGAGACUGACAGCAUCAUUGUUGAGCGGCAGUGGGAUACGCAGAUGCAGUAUCUUAUCACAGUAUCUGGCCGUAGCUUCCCUAUCGGCGGUAUUAUGCCUAUCAGUAUCACUUUCAUGCCGUGGACAAAACUGAAGGUGUAUCGUGUGUCGGUUUUGCUAGAAGAACGAGUAGACUAUUGGACAGACUUCAAACGCAUAGCGCGAACGGAUCCUAUUACGCGACUUCCCCUUCUCGCCCUUCGACAUACACAAAAAGAUGGUCCGCCUAUCCUCCCUUACAAUCCCGACGAGAUGCAGGCGUUCAUGCAGUCGCCCUUUGCGGAGACGCUUCCGCCUGACGAGGACGUGGGCGAGUACGCCUCGAGCUUGAUGGGACCGGGUCCUUGGCGCAUCCGGAAGGACAUCCAGCUCCCGGACUUGUGCACGCAGCUGCAUUUCACAAAUCGCAACAAGCGGAGCAACAUUUUCGUCACGCAUACACUCAAAAUUGUGUUUCGAGUGGAGCGCGGAGACGACCAGGUUGUCGAUCCGCACACGGGAAAGCGGAAGCUCUUCGACAUCGUGGUGCAGACGCCGAUACAUAUUCUAUCUGUGCGUUCUCUUCUUUUUUCUUCUUCAUUGUCACUCCGAACGCACUGA